AUGUUGGUCGGCAAGGUUGCCGCUGACGAACCAGUGGACCGUGAUUUUCACCAUUUCUUCCCACCUUUGCAUCCUUGCCCUUUCCCCACCUUGCUUCAACUCGCGGCUAAGAUGGGCUGUUCACAUGCCCUGUUGUCCAUUCACGCCGUCUUUCUUUCGUUCUUGCUUGCUUUCUCCAUCCUUUCUUCCUUUCUUUUUUCUUUUCUUUUCUUUUCUUUCUUUCUUUCUUUCUUUCCAUUCCACACUCUUUCUUUUUUUCUUUUUUCUUUCAUUAAUUUUUCGUAUUCUUUUACCUUUACUUUCUUUCUUUCUUUCUUUCUUUCGAUUCCGUACUCUUUCUCUCUGUUUUGUUCUUUCUUUCUUUCUUUCUUUCUUUCUUUCUUUCUUUCUUUCUUUCUUUCUUUCUUUCUUUCUUUCAAUUCCGUACUCUUUCUCUCUGAUUUCUUCUUUACUUCAUUUGUUCUUUCUUUCUUUCUUUCUUUCUUUAUUUCUUUAUAUUCCGUACUCUUUCUCUCUGAUUUCUUCUUUACUUUCUUUCUUUCUUUCUUUCUUUCUUUCUUUCUUUCUUUCUUUCUUUAUUUAUUUUUUCUUUAUUUCUUUGUUCUUUCUUUCUUUCUUUUUUUCUCUCUUUUUUCUUACUUUUCUCUCUUUUUUUCUUUCUUUUUUUUUUUUUCUUUCUUUCUUUCUUUCUUUCUUUCUUUCUUUCCAUUCUACAAUCUCUUUUUUACUUGUUCUUUUUCCCCUUCAUUCCCACCUUCCUUACCUCUUUCUGUUCAUGCACUUUUUAUUCCCAUUCAUUCAACCCUUUAUUUUCCCUUUAGCAAAUACAAAAUCGGCUUAUGA